CUUAAAAGGCACCUUCAUUCAAUCUGUGCAUCUUUGAUAUGAAAUCAUAUGUCGAAGAAAUCAGAAAUAUUUAAUAUCAAUAAAUUAUGACAUAAAUACACAGCAAACAAGGGUUUGGCAUUGAACCUCAUCAUGCACCCUGCAAGGGUUGGCAUUUGCUUUUGUGUUGUUUCACAACAUUCUGAAGUGGCAUCACUCACCUCUGGCAAGUUCACCAUUUCCCAGAAAUGAAACACUGUUCUUCACCAUCCAUAUGUGGAUACCCUGGAUGAACGGUUGAACAAUUGGAUGAUUGGAAAGAGCACCCGUUCUGGACUUGGUAUAUUGAACUGCGGUCCAGACCGGUCCAUUGUUAAGGUAUGUGAAGUUCAAAAUAUUGAAGCCCCAACUCAUAGAUGAGAGGAGCUUGGUGUAGAGGCAUGUACCAGACAAGGCAAGCCUAUGUGUUACCCUCAUCCAAAAGAUUACAAGGAGAAUUAUUGUUGUACUUCAUUCAAGCAAUAACAGCAUUAACCAAGCUCUUGAUCUUUGGUUUUGAAAACUCAUGGAGUACAUAUUCAUUUGCCAUCACAAUGGUAGAUGUGAUACGCUCCAAUUGUUUCUUGGAAAUGUCAUCCAAAUGUAGACAUGUUACAGCCCAAAUAAUCUCUCAUGGUGAAGUUCAUCUGUAGAGUUAUCUUUUGAUUGUCACCGAAGUGUGAGAGGAUUCUGAAAUGUGGCUAUAAAAGUUAUUCCAGAGAAACAAAGCUCAUUCCGUCCAAGAGUACAUUUUAUGAACUUUUGAUUAAUAUCAGCUGAUAGCAGGAAUGCUUAGGAAUCAUCGGAAGGGGGCAGUUAAAAGAGUUUGAGCCUGUGAAAAUGAGCAGCAUAUCAAUAAUAAAAAUGGACUUGAGGAUCACAUGAUUGACAUUCCAAUUACUCCUUAAUUCUCAAAGGUACAUAUGUAUUGCGAUCAGCAGUGCAAAAAUU